CCUUCCCCAACACUCCAAGCUAGUCCAAGAGGCGAGCAGCAGAGAGGGAAAGCGAAUCCCCUCCUCUCCUCCUCCCACUCUUCAAUGCUCUCCCCGUCCCCUCCGCCAUGGACGCCGCCGCCCUCGCCCUCUCCAUCAUCCUGCUCGCCGCCGCCGCCGCCACCACUCUCGCCCGCGGGGCCACGCACCCGGCGGACCAGGCGGCGCUGGAGGACCUUCGGAAAUCGCUGACGAACCCGGACGCGCUGGGGUGGCCCGACGACGGGGACGCGUGCGCGUGGCCGCACGUCUCCUGCGACCGCACCGGCCGCGUCGACAACCUCGACCUCAAGAACGCCGGCCUGGCGGGGACGCUCCCGCCGUCGCUCCCCUCGCUCGCGGCGCUGCGCGACCUCAGCCUCCAGGGGAACAGCCUCUCUGGCGCGCUCCCGUCCUUCCGGGGCAUGGCGUCCCUCCAGCGCGCCUUCCUCAACGACAACGACUUCGACGCCAUCCCGCCCGACUUCUUCGACGGCCUCGCCGACCUGCUCGAGAUCUCGCUCGCCAACAACCCGCGCCUCAACGCGUCCCAGGGCGGCUGGACGCUCCCGCGGGGCCUCGCCGACUCGUCGCUGCAGCUGCAGGCGCUCUCCCUCGACAACUGCAGCCUCACCGGCGGGAUCCCGGACUCCCUCGCCCGCCUCACGGGCCUCCAGAACCUCACGCUCUCCUACAACAACCUCUCCGGCCCCGUCCCCGCCGCGCUCAACGGCUCCGCCAUCCAGAGGCUGUGGCUCAACAACCAGCAAGGGGACGCCAAGCUCUCCGGCACCCUCGACGUCGUCGCCACCAUGACCGGCCUCCAGGAGCUCUGGCUCCACGGCAACGACUUCUCCGGCCCGGUCCCCGACGCCAUCGCCAGCUGCAAGGAACUCUACACCGUCAGGCUCAACAACAACCAGCUCCUCGGCCUCCUGCCGCCCGGCCUCGCCGCGCUCCCCGCGCUCCGGGAGCUCAAGCUCGACAACAACAACCUACUGGGCCCCGUCCCGGCGCUCAAGGCCCCCACUUUCACCUUCUCCGGGAACGAGUUCUGCGCCGCCAAACCCGGGGAAGCCUGCGCCCCGGAGGUCAUGGCGCUGCUGCACUUCCUCGCCGAGGUGCAGUACCCGAACAGGCUGGUCGGGACCUGGUCCGGGAACGACCCCUGCGCGGGCUGGCUCGGCGUCACCUGCGUCCAGGGCAAGGUCACUAUGCUCAACCUGCCGGGGUACGGCCUCAACGGCACCGUCAGCCAGAGCCUCGCCAACGUCACCACGCUCUCCGAAGUGAACCUCGCCGGGAACAACCUCACCGGCCGAGUGCCGGACAGCCUCACCAGGCUGGCCUCGCUCCAGAAGCUGGACCUGUCCAUGAACGACCUGUAUGGCCCGCUGCCCGCAUUCAGUCCCACCGUGGAUGUGAACGUCACCGGCAAUCUCAGCUUCAACACAACGGAUACGCAGCCAACGGAUGCGCAGCCAAACGGCGAGUCCCCGCGGCCUCGUCCUACGCCUGGCGCAUCUGCUGGUGCUGGGGGUAAUACUAGUGCAGGGGGGAUCCCUGGGAGUGGGAAGAAGGCCUCAUCAGCUGUGUUGCUGGGCACAACCAUUCCAGUCGCGGUGAGCGUGGUCGCACUGGUCUCCGUGGGCGCCGUGUUCUUGUGCAAGAGAAGAGCGUCGGUGCCGCCGCAGGCAGCCUCCGUGGUGGUGCAUCCCCGUAAUAGCUCUGAUCCGGACAACCUGGCCAAGAUCGUGGUGGCCACCAACGACGACGGCAGCAGCAGCGGCACGUCCCAUAGCGGGAGCAGCAGCGGCCAGGCUGGCGACGUGCACGUGGUGGAGGCCGGAAGUUUCGUGAUCGCGGUGCAGGUCCUCCGUGGCGCCACCAGGAACUUCGCCCAGGACAAUGUGCUUGGCCGUGGGGGAUUUGGGGUGGUCUACAGAGGGGAGCUGCACGACGGCACCAUGAUCGCGGUGAAGAGGAUGGAGGCCGUGGCGGUGAGCAACAAGGCCUUGGACGAGUUCCAGGCCGAGAUCGCCGUCCUGACCAAGGUCCGGCACCGCAACCUGGUGUCGAUACUGGGAUACGCGAUCGAAGGGAACGAGAGGCUGCUGGUGUACGAGUACAUGCCCAACGGGGCUCUGAGCAAGCACCUGUUCCACUGGAAACAGUUGCAGCUGGAGCCUCUCUCGUGGAAGAAGCGUCUCAACAUCGCCCUGGAUGUUGCCCGUGGGAUGGAGUACCUGCACAACCUGGGGCACCACCGCUUCAUACAUAGGGAUCUCAAGUCAGCGAACAUUCUCCUCGGCGACGACUUCCGGGCCAAGGUGGCGGACUUCGGGCUCAUGAAAGAUGCGCCGGAUGGGAACUACUCUGUGGCGACCAGACUUGCCGGGACGUUCGGGUACUUGGCUCCUGAGUAUGCAGUUACCGGGAAGAUCUCGACGAAAGCAGACGUGUUCAGCUUCGGUGUAGUGCUGCUGGAGCUGAUAACAGGGACGACGGCCAUCGACGACAGCCGCGUGGGCGAGGGCGAGGAGACCCGGCACCUGGCGUACUGGUUCAGCCAGAUACGGAAGGACGCGGAGCAGCUGCGCGCGGCGAUCGACCCGGCCCUGGACGUGGGCGACGGCGAGACAAUGGAGAGCAUCGGCGUGAUCGCGGAGCUGGCGGGGCACUGCACGGCCCGGGAGCCGUCGCAGCGGCCGGACAUGGGGCACGCGGUGAACGUGCUGGUGCCCAUGGUGGAGAAGUGGAGGCCCGUGAAGGACGAGGCCGAGGACUACCUGGGCAUCGACCUGCACCUGCCGCUGCUGCAGAUGGUGAAGAGCUGGCAGGACGCGGAGGCCGGCGGCCUGACGGACGGCGGCGGGAGCGUCAUGAGCCUGGACGACAGCAAGGGCAGCAUCCCCGCCCGCCCCGCCGGCUUCGCCGAGUCCUUCACCUCGGCCGAUGGCCGGUGAUCGGAUGCAUGCAAUGCAUGCAUCCAUGUGUCUCUCAAAUGUCUCUCGUCUCCCGGUCCCUCCCUUGCCUGUUUUCGCACAUUCGUUGCUGUAGGUACAAAAGAAAGCAGUACAUGGGAUCGUCGUCCAUGUGCACAACCUUGUGCUUCUUCUU